ACCAUCUUACGAGGAAUUGUGUAAAGUGUUAGAAAGUAAUAAUCAAUUAUCCAAAUGGUUUUCAGCAAUGCUAAAACUUAUCGAGAUAUAUCUAUCCUCGGGAAACUACAAAAAAAGUUUUUCAUUGAUCAACACAGUUACUGAUAAAGUAUAUAAAGAUAUGCCUUCAGAGAAGCAGUACAUUAUUUACUACAAAUUUUGUACAAUUUUUCGAGAUGCUUCUGAUCGCGGAGUAGAUAACUUUGAUAUACUACAGUUAAAGGAAAGAGAGCUAGAUAAAAUCUUGAGGAAUUUUGAGAUUUUUAAUAAACUAAUCUUUGACAAUCACAUUAUAAGUACAAGUAGUACUGAAGAUCAGCAGAAAGUGUUCGACUUAUUAAAAUGGAUCUUAAAAAUGUUUCGUUUGGUUUAUUGGGAAUUUGCCUCUGAGGAGAUAUACAAUAAAAGUCUUGCACUAGCCACGCGCUUAUUGUCUUUUGAUAGCCUUCGAGCGGAAAUUUAUUCCGAGUUGAUUUUAAUGAGCGAAGAAGAUGCCAAAACUACUGGUACUCUGGACACACACGAUCUACUUUUAGAGGUGAGUGAGAUGCCGGCGUGCGCUUAUAAUUUUGUUGCCGCGUAUUUUUUUUCAUCAGAGUUUACCCUGGAUUCGUUAAGGGAAGGUCUAAUGAAAGAGGCGGAAUGCCUUAGUGGGUGGAUGCUGUUAUUUUUCGAAUUAUUGGAAACGAAUAUUUCCGAGGCACUCAAAAUCGGCCAGCAAGUUGUUAACCAUUUCGAGCCCCCCAAUCGGCGUCAUUCUGUCCUUCAAGCACGGUUACGUGAAUUGCGCUAUCUGGUUGGUCUGGCCGAACUGGAGGUCGCCCAAUCCAUAGAGGCCGAAGUUCCUGCGUCGCUGGAGGCUCUCAACGGCGAGCUCCGGGGAGCCUCUACUUUUCUUGUGAGCGAAGCAUCGCUUGUUUCUGAUUUGGGCUUCUUGCGCGCCCGCCUAAACGACUCCGAAGCGGCCUUAAAGUUUUACCAAAGGGCGAUGACUUUAUUUGCCGCCUCGAAGAACGAGUCGCUCAGGACGAAUCAGAAGUGGUGGGCCCUAUGCCAUGUGCGUACGGGCCUCCUUUAUUGGCACAUGGACGGCGUGUACAGAAGAGAGCGCGCUUUUGCCUUUUCGCACUUUCUUGCUGCAGUAAAAAUGUCUCCCGGCAUUAGAGCUUCUUAUGAAUAUUUGGGCCAUUUUUACCAUGUGGUCGAGGGCGAUGCGGCUCGAGCUAUUGGUGUCUUUGAAAAGGCCGUCUCCCUCUCGCCUCAGUCACACGUGGCUCAAACACUCAGCGACUUAUACUUGGCUCAAAACCUUUACGAGAAGGCGCGGCAGCUGCAUAUUUUGGCACGUCACCCACUCCUGUCAUCCGUUCACCUCUUGGGCGUGUUUCCGCCUUGGCUUGUACUAUCUGAACGCUGGAAACUCGUGCGAGGCUGUUCGCCACUUGCAGUCGGCUGUACGAGUCUCUCCGUCUCUUCCGCAAAUCUGGGAGUGUCUUGGCGAGGCAUAUGCUGGCAUUGGUCGCCUGCCUGCCAGCAUAAAGGCCUUCAGAAAAGCGAUAGACCUGCGGGAAGACCCUUCUGUCUUUGCGAGGUUGACUCAAUCGCCAUGUGUCUUUACUCUCUUGGGUUUCUCCUAUUGACCUCCUUCCUGUGUGGGUUCCGCACUGGCGAACUGCUUGCCGCGUUGCACUUCUACGACGAGGCGCUGCAGGAGUUCCGGCUCUGCCUACAUGCCGAGCCUCUCUUUAGCCCAGCGCUACUAGGAUUCUCUAAAACACUUAUUAAAAAAGCAAAGUUUCUAUACGAAGAAGGAAGGAUCCCUGCUUGCGUCGACUUGCUGGCGUUGGCGCUAGAAAAGAUACUCUUUUAUAUUUCUCUCGACUCGAAACCCCACAAAACCUCCACGCUGUUCGGAGGGAAAAUGCUAGGUGAUCUCUGCUGCCUCAUCUUGUCGAUGCCGCCCGACAUUUUGUGCCGCACUCACUUUCUUUCUUCCCUUGCUAGCCACAUGCCUCCCGCUCUCAUGGUGCCGGAGAAUUCGGAAAACGCACUUUAUUUACUGUCCUCGCUCGCGUCAUGGGGCUAUUCCCUGGCUCUUAAGGAGACGCAUGUCCACCAAUCGUGGCUGCUGCGGGACUUGGCCCUUUCUUCCUGCAAGCGCUGUCGUGUCCUUCCCUUGGAGGAAGAAGAGCAGGAGAACGCCUUUUCCGAGGCUAUUGGCAUCUGCAAGAGAAGUCUUGCCUUAGACUCUGGCGACAUCCGCACGUGGGAGUUGCUUGGAGUCAUGUUUACUCUGCGCCGUCAGUUUUCACGUGGUCAGCACUGCUUUAUCCAAUCGCUGCAACGCUCCACGAAAACUUCUCGCACUUGGACCGCCCUCGGGGUUCUUUAUUAUUUGUGCGGAAACUACGACAUGGCCGAAGAGGCUUUUUACCAAGCGCGCACCCACGAGCCCUCUUGGAUUCCUGGCUGGGUCGGAGCGGCUCUCGUGGCAGAAAAAAUGUCCAAUCCCUCAGCACGUGACUUAUACCUCCAUUGCGCUAAUCAAGACUGCCACGAGGUCGGCUAUAAGGGCUUUGCUGCCAGCGCCUAUUCCAGCUUCCGCCAAAGCCUCUCCCCUAACGACUUCCACGUGCUCUAUCAGGCCAUCUGUUGCUUGGAAACAUGCCUGCAGAGGGACAACACCGACGCGUGGGCGUGGAACUUGCACGGCCUUCUGCUCGAGCUCGUCGGUUUAAACCAAUCAUGUUAUUCCAGCUUUACGAGGGCACGAAGUCUGCUCGAAGACCGCCCUCAACACGGCCGCCUCGUUACUUUCAACAUGUCACGUGUUCUCGUGAAGGUCGGGCGUCCCGCUGAUGCCGUUGGUCUGCUUUGUCCGCUGCUGGAGGAGCUCGAGAAAGAUUCAACGCUCCACGAAUGGGCGCUCUCUACUUUGGCUCUCGCCUAUAUGAAACUCGGGCUUCUGGAACGAGCUGCCCACGCCUACUCGCAACUCCUUCUUUCGGAUGCGACGGCAGAGCAGAAAGGCGAUGUUUGUAUAUCUCUUGGAAUUAUAUUUUAUUUCCUGAAGGACUAUUCGGCCUCUCGGAAGUCUCUCUUCCAAUGCGUCGAGCUAUCCACCAACCACGUACGCGGCGUCUUUACUCUUGGCGCCUUUGGGCUGCUAACAAAUGAGGAGCAAAUAACACUUUCGGCUAUUCAAGCGUACAAGCACCUUUUUCCGGUUGAUGGGGACUGCAAGAGGGAGUAUUUUUAUUCGCUCCUCACUGCCUGUCUUUCGCUCUCAAAAGGCUCGAUUGCAAGCGCCGUUGCUGCAUUUGCUGCGAGUUUGCACCGCGCAGGACCUUUUGGGAGCCGUCUUUGGACUAUAUUGGCUGCAUUUAUAUAUAAAAGGGCUCCAGAAAGACUGCACUCUGCUCGCUCCUGCAUGCAGACUGCCCUUCAGUUGGCGCACGGCGGGUCCCACACCUCUUCUCGUGCGCAAGACGCUUUCGGGGUGGUUGAUCACGAGGAGGUGGGUCGCAUGCUUUGCUUGCACAGCCUUUGUCUUCUGGCGGAUAACACUGCUUCUUAUAGAGAAGCGCAACGCUCUGUCCAUGUGGCUCCCUCUUCCUCCUCUGCCUGGUGCACUUUGGCCUCCGCACUAGUCAGUUUCAUAGUGAUGAAGGCCACUUCUCACAACCUGCUGGCCUCUGCCAUCCGGAUAUAUGACCAUGUGCGCACAAUGGAUUCCCGGAAUUUCCUUUAUGCUACUUGCUGUCUUUGUGAGUGCUUUCUCAUUGCCGGUUACAUGCUCAAUGGACAAGAAAAACACGCUUAUCUUAACCAGGCUGAACUGCUUUGCACCACCGAGCUUAACAACCAAUCGCUUUCACCGGCUUGGAAAGCCCACUUUUAUCUCCUUCUCGCGCGUUGCUAUAUCUGCAGCGGUAAGGAGGAAGGCGCCAUCAUUGCCUGCUUAAAAACAGCUGUCCGGCUCGAUCCGAAAAACUUCCGAACGUUUCAGGUGACAGAAAAUUGUAUGUUGGUCGUUUUUUUAUGUAAAUUUCUUCAGGAACUCGCCAUGUGCUAUACUUUUCAUCGCAAGUAUAAGGCGGCCGAGCAGAGUGUGCUUGCAGGGCUCUCGUGUGCGCAAAGCAAGCCCGAGGAAGAAAUUGCUUUGGUAUAUUUGGGAUAUCUUCACAUACUACAGCUACAAACCAACAAAGCCGAAGAUAUGCUGCAGCGAGUUUUGAGGCUAAACGACCUUAGUGGAGUUGCUUACUUUUUGUUGGGAUAUGUGUUUUACCGUAAAGGUAACUAUACAGAAUCUGAAAAAAUACUCCGGCACUCGCAGAAACUUCAACCUAUCCCUUCAACACUUUUACUGUGCUGCCUGCAUAAAAAAACCAAUUUGAAAUGCGUGGAACAAGACUUUUACGAACUAAAGACAGCCCUAAAAAAAAAUACUACUAACUAUGAAAAGUGGGAAAAUGUAGUGAAAUACGUUGAAGAUUUAAUAAGAUGCAAAUAAAAUUUAUUUAUUAGGCC